AUGAAGAAUACCAUUUCCGCCCUUAUAUUUUUCGUAUCGUUGGUAACUGCAGACUGUCAGUACGGCGACCGUGAAUUCUGUCUCCCAUUCCUUUGUUCAACAUACACCGAUCCUGAGAGAGAUUGCUGUCUAACAUGCGGACAAUUUUCUUCGAGUAGUUCAACGUCAUCUUCAACAUCAAAAUUAUCAUCAUCAUCAUCAGCAUCAUCAAAUACUGCAGUUGGUAAAGUGAUUUUAAUGGUGCUUAAAGAACGUGUGCAUUAUUAUUAUACGGCAUGUGUGGAUGAUCCUACCUUUAGCAAGGAUGUCCUUGAAUGUGCAAGCUUGAUUCACGGGAAUAUACGCGAGUGUUAUGAUUCAGCUGUAGAGUAUGCUUGUUGUCGUUCUUGCUCACAAGUCACCAUAAAUAUCCCAGACUGCCAAUACGGUGAUCGUAAAUUCUGCCUCCCGUUUCUUUGUUCAUCAUACACGGAUCCUGAAAGAGAUUGUUGUCUUACAUGCAGGCAAUUUUCUUCAAGUAGUUCUUCAACAUCAUCUACAACAGCAUCAACAUCAAAAUCUUCAUUAUUAUUAACUACAACAUCUCCGACAGUAACUACACAUAAUUCGAUAAACACAUCAAAUUAUAAAGAAUGUGUGGAUGAUCCGUCCUUUGCCAAGGAUGUUCUUGAAUGUGCAAGCUUAGUUCAAAGAGACGUGCGGGAGUGUUAUGACCCAGCCGUAGAGUAUGCAUGUUGCCUUUCUUGCUCACAAGUCACCAUUGAUAUCCCAGGAUGCCAGUAUGGGGAUCGUGUGUAUUGUAUUUCUUUCCUUUGUCCGACAUAUGAGAAUCCGGAGGGUGAUUGUUGUUUCACGUGCCGAGGUACUACGUCACGCAGUACUACUAGGUUAAGUAGUACAUCGUUGUCAUCACUUUCUUCCUCUUCGUCUACUUUAAAGAUACCUCCGUUCGAAACAGACUGUCCGUAUGGCGAUCAGAUCGUCUGUCUUCCUUUCCUCUGCUCAACAUAUGAAAAUCCAGAGAGAGAUUGUUGUCUUACGUGUAGAGAUAUAUCUUCCAGUAGUUCAUCAUCAUCGUCAUCAUCAUCACCAUCUUCUUCGUCGUCGUCAUCAUUUUCAACAUCCUCGUCGUCGACAACGACAAAACCUACAACACCUGGAAUGACAACAACGUCAACUCUCUAUACAUUCUCAUCACCUGUCACAACUACAGAGAAAAAAGCAACCGAUAUCACAACCACAACUCCUGAUUUAACAACAGAAGAAAUUAAUACUAUAACAGGAUCCACAUCAUCUGCAACAACUGACAUCCCAUUCACAACUCCUGUUUCAUCAACAGAAGAAAUUAAUACUACAACAGGAUCCUCUUACAUGAUAUCUACAUCUCUUGUCACAACAACAGGAGAAAAAACAACUGACAUGUCAUCAACGUCUCAAGCUACAACAAAGGAGAAAACGACUGACAUGGCAUCUAAAUCUCCUGCAACAACAACAAAGGAGAAAACAACCGACAUGAUAUCUACAUCUCCUGCAGCAGCAGCAACAGAGGAGAAAACAACUGACAUGACAUCUACAUCUCCUGCCACAACAACAGAAGAGACAACAACUGACAUGUCAUCAACGUCUCAAGCUGCAACAAAAGAGAAAACGACUGACAUGGCAUCUAAAUCUCCUGUAACAACAACAAAGGAGAAAACAACCGACAUGACAUCUACAUCUCCUGUAGUAGCAACAACAGAGGAGAAAACAACUGACAUGACAUCUACAUCUAUUGCCACAACAGCAGAGGAGAUAAAAACAGACAUGACAUCUACAUUUCCUGCCACAACUACAGAAGAGAAAACGACUGGCAUGACAUCUACAUCUCCUGCCACAACUACAGAGAGAAACGAUGAAGAGAAAACGACUGGCAUGACAUCUACAUCUCCUGCCACAACUACAGAAGAGAAAACGACUGGCAUGACAUCUACAUCUCCUGCCACAACUACAGAAGAGAAAACGACUGGCAUGACAUCUACAUCUCCUGCCACAACUACAGAAGAGAAAACGACUGGCAUGGCAUCUACAUCUCCUGCCACAAAAACAAAAGAGAUGACAACUGACAUGAUAUCUACAUUUCCUGCAACAACAACAGAGGAAAAAACAACUGACAUGGCAUCUACAUCUCCUGUUACAUCUACAGAAGUGAAAACAACUGACAUGACAUCUACAUCUCCUGCAACAACCACGGAGGAGAAAACAACUGACAUGACAUCUACAUCUCCUGUCACAACAACAGAAGAGAAAACAACUGACAUGACAUCUACAUCUCCUGUUACAUCUACAGAAGAGAAAACAACUGACAUGACAUCUACAUCUCCUGCAACAACCACGGAGGAGAAAACAACUGACAUGACAUCUACAUCUCCUGUCACAACAACAGAAGAGAAAACAACUGACAUGACAUCUACAUCUCCUGUUACAUCUACAGAAGAGAAAACAACUGACAUGACAUCUACAUCUCCUGCCACAACAACAGCGGAGAAAACAACUGACAUGACAUCUACAUCUCCUGUCACAACAACAGCGGAGAAAACAACUGACAUGACAUCUACAUCUCCUGCAACAACCACGGAGGAGAAAACAACUGACAUGACAUCUACAUCUCCUGCCACAACAACAGAAGAGAAAACAACUGACAUGACAUCUACAUCUCCUGCAACAACCACGGAGGAGAAAACAACUGACAUGAUAUCUACAUCUCCUGCCACAACAACAGAAGAGAAAACAACUGACAUGACAUCUACAUCUCCUGCCACAACAGCAGAGGAGAAAACAACUGACAUGACAUCUACAUCUCCUGCAACAACCACGGAGGAGAAAACAACUGACAUGAUAUCUACAUCUCCUGCCACAACAACAGAAGAGAAAACAACUGACAUGACAUCUACAUCUCCUGUUACAUCUACAGAAGAGAAAACAACUGGCAUGACAUCUACAUCUCCUGCCACAACAACAGCGGAGAAAACAACUGACAUGACAUCUACAUCUCCUGCAACAACCACGGAGGAGAAAACGACUGACAUGACAUCUACAUCUCCUGCCACAACAACAGAAAAGAAAACAACUGACAUGACAUCUUCAUCUCCUGCCACAACAACAAAGGAGAAAACAGCUGACAUGUCAUCUACAUUAUCUGCCACAAUAACAAAGGAGAAAACAACUGACGUGACAUCUACAUUUCCUGCAACAACAAUAGAACAGAAAACAACUGACAUGACAUCUACAUCUCCUGCAACAACAACAGAGGAGAAAACGACUGGCAUGACAUCUACAUCUCCUGCAAAAACAACAGAGAGGAAAAUUACUGACAUGACCUCUACAUCUCCUGCCACAAUAACAGAGGGGAAAAUAACUUACAUGACAUCUACAUCUCCUGCCACAACAACAGAGGGGAAAGUAACUGACAUGACAUCCGAAUCUCCUGCCGUAACAACAGAAGAGAAAACAACUGACUUAACAUCUACGUCUCCUGCCACGACAACAAGAGUGUUUAUAACUGGCAUGUCGUCUUCGUCUCUCGCCUCAACAACAGAAGAGACCGCAACUCGUAUGACAUCUACUUCUUAUGCCACAGAUGAAAAAACAACGUUGUCUGUCUCACAAACUACUAAAGCAGGGAAAACAACUGAAGGUCCUGAGACAAAAUAUGAGUCGUUUGUUAGUGAGUUUUAA